CUGGCAGGCCGGCACAGAUGUUUGGCACUGUAGCGGUUUAAAGCAGUGGGGGGUGGGGACAGGACUCAGCCAAUGGCUGCGCUGCCUUGGCCCGGAGUCUGUGGGGCGGUGCCGUGGGGUGUGGAGGCGGCUGGGGGUGCCAGGCCCGGCCAUGGGGCCCGAGGACUGUGCCGCGCUGCUGCACGUGUCUGGGGCCGGCGCUCUGUGUCUGGCCGUGGUGGCCGCAGGCGCCCUGGACCGGGUGGCCGUGGAGGUGGGGUACGGGCACUACGCGGAGCCCCUCGUCCCCUGGCUGCCCCCCGCCCUGGCCAUGCCCUGCAACUCGCUGGUGAACCUGGGCUAUGUGGCGCUGGGCUGGUGCUGGUUUCCCCGGGCUGGGCGCGGGCCCAGCCGCUACCUGCAGGCCGUCUUCGCCCUCCUGGCCCUGGCCUACGGGCCCGUGCAGUGGGCCCGGCUCUGGACCCAGCACCCCCGGGCAGCGGUGCUGGACCAGUGGGUCACUCUGCCCAUCUUCGCCUGGGCCGGGCUCUGGUGCCACUGCCUGGUGCAGGGCUGGCAGCCUGGGCACGUGGUGCUGGGCACAGGGGCCUCACUGCUGAGCUACGGGCUGGCACUGGCCCACACCCGCGGCUUCGAGGGGGCCCUGGCCGCCCAUGUGGCAGGCGUGGCGGGCGCAGCGUGGCGGGCGCAGCGGCGCUGGGGGGACGCGGGCUCAGCCUGGACCGCGGCAGCCGGUUUCGCCGCCUGCCUGGGCUUCGUGCUGCUUAAGCUGGGAGACGCCUGGCUGGCCCGGUGGGACCCGUUCCGGAGACUCAGCGGCCACUUCUGGUCCAAGGUCUGCGACGUGCUGCAGUUCCACUGCGCCUUCCUCUUUGCCACGCGCCUGGGGGGGCGCGCCCUGAGCCCCUGUCCAGCCCCCCCACGCCUGGAGCCCCCCCCGCGGCCGGGGCACAGCCUCCAAGCAGAAUAAAGCGAUUGGCUGGAAGAUU